ACUGAUGACGACAUCAUUUUGUUACUUCCAACAAACAUGCUAGAUGUUUUUAAGUGUAAGAAGCUAGACCUAAUUUUUACUCAGAAAAACAAAAAUGGACACAAUUGAAAUGAUAGUAACAAUAUGUUGUUGUGCCAUAGCAAUUACUUUGUUUGUGUGUUUAUGGAAAGUACUGAAUUGGGUUUGGUUCAAUCCAAAGAAGUUGGAGAAAUUGUUGAGGAAACAAGGGCUAAAAGGAAAUUCAUACAGAUUAUUGUAUGGGGACAUGAAAGAUCUUACUGGGAUGAUUAUGGAAGCUAAUUCAAAGCCUAUGAAUCUGUCUGAUCAUGAUUUAGCACCAAGAAUGGUGCCUUUUUUUCUUGAAACCAUCAAGAAAUAUGGGAAAAAAUCUUUUAUAUGGAUGGGUCCAAGACCACAAGUAUUGAUCAUGGACCCUGAGCUUAUAAAGGAAGUAUUCACGAAAACCUAUUUGUAUCAAAAGCCUCAUGGAAAUCCAUUAGGCACCUUAUUUGUACAAGGAUUAGUAAGCUAUGAGAAAGACAAAUGGGCAAAACAUAGAAAAAUCAUCAAUCCCGCCUUCCAUCUAGAGAAGUUAAAGCAUAUGCUUCCAGCUUUUUACUUGAGCUGCAGUGAGAUGCUGAGCAAAUGGGAAGACGACGUUUCAGUUGAAGGCUCUCAUGAGAUAGAUGUAUGGCAUCACCUGCAGCAAUUGACUUGUGAUGUUAUCUCUCGGACAGCUUUUGGCAGUAGUUACGAAGAAGGUAGAAAGAUAUUUGAACUUCAAAAGGAACAAGCUCAGCAUUUUCUCGAAGCUAUACGCUCAGUUUAUAUCCCAGGAUGGAGAUUUUUGCCAACGAAGAGGAACAGAAGAAUGAAGGAAAUAAAACAGGAUGUUCGGUCCUUGAUUAGAGGUAUUAUUGAUAAAAGAUUGAAGGCAAUGGAAGCUGAGGAGGCCGAUAAUGAGGAUCUAUUGGGCAUAUUGCUGGAAUCAAAUUUUAAAGAAAUUGAACAGCAGGGAAGCAAGGACUUUGGAAUGAGCAUCGAAGAAGUCAUUGAAGAAUGCAAGCUAUUCUAUUUUGCUGGCGCAGAAACGACAUCGGUGUGGCUCCUAUGGACUCUGGUGUUGUUGAGCAGAUAUCAAGAUUGGCAGGCACAGGCUAGAGAAGAAGUCUUGCAAGUCUUUGGAAGUCAGAAACCAGAUUUUGAUGGUUUAAGUCGUCUAAAAGUUGUACCGAUGAUCUUGUACGAGUCAUUAAGGCUAUAUUCCCCGAUAUCAACACUUUCCCGGAGGAUUUAUGAAGACAUUACGCUAGGAGAACUAUCUCUACCAGCUGGUGUGCUAGUCUUAUUGCCAAUGGUGUUAUUGCAUCAUGAUAAAGAGAUAUGGGGUGAAGAUGCAAACAAGUUCAAUCCAGAGAGAUUUAGAGAAGGAAUAUCAAGUGCAACAAAGGGUCAAGUUACAUAUUUUCCAUUUUCCUGGGGUCCAAGAAUAUGCAUUGGACAAAAUUUUGCCAUGUUAGAAGCAAAAAUGGCUUUGUGUAUGAUCCUACAAAGCUUCUCUUUUGAAUUGUCUCCAUCCUACACACAUGCUCCUCAACCCUCAGUAACCGUUCAGCCUCAAUAUGGUGCACCUCUUAUUUUCCACAAACUAUAAUUUGAUAAGAGUUUAUUCAGAUUCGGUUCAGAAACAGUUUCUCUGCCUCAUAAAGAUAGGGGUUAUGUGUGUGUACUCCCCACCCUCCCCUCACCCCUAUACUGGAUAUGUUGUUGUUCGGACAAACUCGGUAACUCUUGUUUAAACCUUGUAUUUGUUUCAGGAAAUCCAUUAUAUUUAUAUUUCAA